UUGUCCCGGGAUCUGGGCUGCGUCAUGGAGCCGGUGACCGAGUGGAUCCGGCACCGCUUCCCUUCGGUACGGAACCUGGGCUCGGACGCUGUGGAGAAGCUGCUUCGGGAGGAGCGGGAGCGGCUGCUAGUGUUGGACGUCCGCAGUCCGGCCGAGUAUGAAGUCAGUCACUUGGAGGGAGCCGUUCGCAUCGACCCAGAGACCACCGACAUGGAGAAGGUGGUGAAGGAGCUGGGUCUGGCAGGCGAUCUGAAGGACAAAGAGGUAGUGUGCUAUUGCACGGCGGGUUACCACGGCUCGGAGAUGGCUCAGAAAGUGCAGCAGGCUCUGGCGUCAGGUCCUGAGCAGCCGGGGCACCAUUGCCCAGUGGUCUACAACCUGGAGGGAGGCCUGGCGAAGUGGGCCAAUGAGAGGAAACCCAUAGUGGAUGGCAAGGAGCAGCCCACCCACCUGGUCCACCCCUACAACAAGGUCUGGGCUGAGCUGGUGGAGCCCGAGUUCAGGGCUCCAAUCUGA